CUUGUCAAAGUCUUCUUCUCCAUUAAAGAAGAUUAAAAAAAAAAUCUAAGAGCUUUCUUCUUCUCUCAUCUCUGAAAAAAAAAAUGCCGAGCAACUGUGAGAUUCUCUGCGAGAUCUUAAUCGCCGUCCUUCUUCCGCCUCUCGGAGUUUGCCUCAGGAAGGGCUGCUGCACUGUGGAGUUCUUGAUUUGCUUGGUGCUGACUAUCUUAGGCUACGUCCCUGGGAUAAUUUAUGCGGUUUACGUGAUUGUGUUUCAGAACCGUGAAGAGUACUUUGAUGAAUACAGACGCCCUCUCUACUCCGCUUGAUGUCUCUGUAUCUGUUUGUUUCUUGAUACUGUUGCUUUAAGUUGUUGUACCAAUAAGUUGCUUUUGCGUUACUCAUGUAUUGAAAGAGUUUGAAAACAUUGUGUGUUAUCAAAAAAAAGAUUGGUGAGUCCUUUUGGUGUAAUGCAAGAUUGAAGGUAAACAUUAUAUAUUGUUGGCUUCUGUGA